CUUACAUACGGAUCGGUGAGCGGAGGUUCCUGCCGUUUCUGGAGAAUUCUGGAAACAAUCAUCUACAAUAAUCCGCCAUUGCUGCCUAUGCAGCUUCUACAACUUUCUAUCACAACCUUCUCUCCCAUCCCAUCCAUCACCACACUGCUUCCCACUUUCUCGUUUCCGCCUUCCAAUUUCUCCCUUCCCUCGAUCCCCAUCUCCGGUGCCGACAACUGGAUUGGAUUCGACUUAUUCCGACUGCCUGGCCCCCGUUUUCAUCCACCUCGAGGUUUGCAGUUUGCGGAAUUGAAGAAUCUCCAGCAUGAAGGAUUGUUUCCCGGCGAGAUUGAAAAGGAAAGACCUAGAAGAUGUCAGCGAUGAUUUCUCCGACUUCUCCCUUUCUUCUCCGGCCAGAAAAAUCCGACGACUGGAUGCUGAGCAGCUUCCGCCUAUAAUCGAGGAGGAAGAAUGUGAGAUUCCUAUUGAGAUUGAAGAACCUCUCCCCGAUGAACAGAGUUAUGUCAGUAAUUAUUCCUGCGGUAUAAGGAUUGAGGAGUUACCAAACGAGCCAAGUAAUGAAGAGAGGGCAAUCGUAUUAUUUAAGCCAAUGUCUGCGAAUCCGCUUGUCCAAUCUCCGUCCAAUUUCUCUGUCUCGCCUAAUCUGAUUUUGGGGUUCAAAAAUCAAAUGAUGUUGUCUAGCAAGUCAGACGGCUGGAAACCAACGGGUGGGGACGAGGAAGAAAACGAUAGCUCCGGCGCAGACAACGGAUGUCGUGCUGUUGUCCCAUGGGUUGCACCGCAGCACAGACCCACUCCUGGAGCAGAAGAAUUGCUUCCUCAACAAGUUGAUAGUUCUGAAAUGAUGGAUACUCAAGAAGUGGCAGGAGAAACAGCCAUGGAUGUCGAGGACAGUCCUGGCUUGGAUCAAGGGAACGUUAAUGGCGGAACCGGAGCAGGGUUAGAGCAGCAAUUUCAUCAAUGGCAGAAACAGCACUGCUUGAUUCCAUCACCUCCUCAAAACUCUACAACGCCCAUCACCUGGUACAGGUGAGCUUGGCUUGGCUUACAUCUUUGGAAUUGUUUGUUGUUAUAGAUUCAGGUAUGUUAUGUUAUGCACCUAGAUUUCGUCGACUACAUAGGCAUGAAGAUAUAUAGGUUUCUUAAAAUCAAAAUGCCACUUUUGUCUAAUCCAUGCCUAUGUUAAGCCCCAACUUAUAGGGAAUCUCUCUAGUAAAAGGCAUUUUUUGUAACUAUGUAUCUUGGUAUGCUAAUUUAGAAUUAGAAUUGGAAGCUAUUCGGUAGAAUAUUUGUAAAAGUAGAAUUAGAUACUUGUGUUUCUUAACAACUUGGAUCUUAUGAUUGUUGAAUAUAUAUAUUUUUUUA